ACUCCAACCAAUCGAGUACAGGGAUGUUGGCAAUUCGCUACUCGUCGCAAGAAAGAUUGUGUUAAUAACUGUGGCUACGGAAAAGGGAAAUGGAUGGCGAGGCCUCCCUGUACAUGUGCCCCUGCUACAAACUCUUCCAGUCGCUCGAGGAGGUGCUUGUUCAUCAACUUACCUGUCAGACUGCCAACGAGGCCGUAGCUCCCCCUCCUGCACAGGCUGAGCUCCAGGCUGCUGAAUUGUAUGCAAAUGCUCCCGCCGGACAGUCCGUGUCCGCUGGCCCGGCCCAGGCUGGUCCUGAUCCACAUCACCAGGCCCUGGACAGCCCGUCGGCUAUUGUUCCAGAUCAGGCGCCGGGCCAGCACUGUCCCCCGGCGGCGGUGGACGCGGCCAAGCUCAACGGCCUGCUGCUGGGCAUGCGGCCUCCCCCGAGGAGGGCCUCGCGGCAGGCCGCUCCGUCCGGCGCACCUGCGGCCGCGCCGCUGAUCCGCUACCAGUGCGGCGAGUGCGGGCUCCUGUUCGAGUCGCUCCCCCUGUGGCAGCGGCACAACAAGCUUGGCCAGUGCGGCCAGGAGGCCGGGCAAGAGCCACGGGCGCAGGAGGAGAAGCUGGCGGAGGGCGGGAGAGAGAGCGAGAAGAAGGAGGCGGAGGAGGAGAAGAGCGAGAGCGUCGACAUGGCUGAACCCGAGCCCCAGAUGAAGGUCGAAAGGAUGGAAGAGGGGGAGGAGGAGAAGGUCGAGGUGUCUCAGUGCGGUGAGAAAUUGCCGACCUUUGACCAUUCCUACCAGGGGAAAGAGGCGGGGCUAGAGGGAAGCUCCAAGGACGAGGCAAUAGCAGAACACGAGCAACAGACACGAGAGGUUCCGAGCUCCUCCAAACGUGGUUCCGAGUCAUCCCCUUUGGCCUCUGUGGAGCCCCAGGUAUCUUCCGCCUCGGACGAGACGAGUCUGGACCGGACGUUCCUGUGUGUGUGCUGCGGGGCAGCCCUCGGCUCCCUGGAGGCUCUGGCCAGCCACCGCAAGGCCCGCCACGGCCUAGAGGGGGCGCUGCACUGCUGCCAGGUCUGCGGGAAGGAGUUCAUGAACACCACACUCUUCCUCUAUCACCAGCGGCAGCACCGGCACCAGGGCCCGGCGCCGUCCACUGAGACCUCCCCGGCAAAGGCUGGACUGGUCAGCCAAGGGUCUAUCCCCCAAAUGAAGUCAGAAACAGGUGGAGAGGGAGCAGUCGUAACCACGGAGACUGAGACUGAUUCAAGUGUCAUCCAUCCCCAUCCUAUUGGUGCCGUCUCUGUGCUGUCUGCCAAUGUUGAGCCGUGUCCCCACUGCGGCCAGACCUUCAAGCGCCGGUGCCACCUGCGCGCUCACCUGCAGUGCCACUCGGGCCGCAAGCCGCACCGCUGCGACCUCUGCCCCAAGGUCUUCGCCUACAAGAGCAACCUGGGCCGCCACCGGCACACGCACGGCGGCCACGUUUGCGAGCGCUGCGGCCGUGGCUUCGCGCACGCCGGCUCGCUCAGGCAGCACGCGCUGCUCCACGAGCGGCAGGACGCCCGGCAGCAGGCUGGACAGGAGGGGGAACCGCGGCCGUACGCCUGCGCCGACUGCCCGGCCAGCUUCCGCACGCAGGGGCAACUGCAGGUGCACAGCUACAAGCACACUGGCAACUACCCUUUCUCCUGCUCCGAGUGCGGUCAGUCCUUUCUGCGCAAGAAGAGGCUGGAGCUGCACGCCCUCAUACACCAAGGCAAGCAGCCCGUUCCGUGCCCCCGCUGCCCCGAGCUCUUCCUCGGCCAGCCCGACCUGGACGCCCACCUGCCCAUCUGCCCGCGCAAGACGCACCCGGCGGAGGACCCGGAGGAGGACGAGGCCGAGGCGACGUCGGGGAGGCGCGUGCGUCGCCGGCGCCGCGGCCAGCUGACCUGCGACCUGUGCGGCCACCGCUGCGUCACGCAGUCGGGCCUGGACCUGCACCGGCUGGCGCACGCCGGCCUCACGCCGCUGCGGUGCCCGAGGACGCCGUGCCGCCAGCGCUUCGCCGCCGAGGCCGCGCUCCAGGAGCACCUGCUCGUCCACGACAACGCCGACAACAACGCCGACGACAAAACGCCCGGCGCCAACAACAACAACAACAACAACGCCGGCGCCAAGCCGCGGCCGUACCACUGCAUGGACUGCGGCAAGGACUUCACCACCGCGUCCUCGCUCAGCGUCCACCUCCGCAUUCACACCGGGGAGCGGCCCUUUCAGUGCACCCAGUGUGGCAAGCGCUUCCGGCAGAUCCCGCACCUGCGCGACCACGAGCGCCUGCACAGCGACGAGCGUCCGUUCGCGUGCGGCGUGUGCGGCCGCAGCUUCGUGCUGGCGGCGCGGCUGGCGGAGCACGCGCGCACCCACAGCGGCGACAAGCCCUACUCGUGCCCGCUGUGCCCGCGCACCUUCCGCUCCCUCUCCAACCUGGGCAAGCACCGCAAGACCCACGCCCGGGCACCGGCCGGAUCCUCCUCCUCCUCCUCCUCCUCCGCCGCCGCCGCCGCCGGCCUGCCCGGGAAACUCACCCAUCGGCUGGGCACGGCGGGUGUUGUCGGCGGCGGCAUGGUGGCGCUGGCCCAGGGGGAGACCCAGGCGCUGGUGCUGCCGGCGGUUGGCGAGGGCCAGGCGGCGGUGCACACCAUCCUGCUGCUCCACUCGCAGCCGGGCUCGGCGCCCGCGUUCGCCACUCUUCCUCUGGGGGAGUCGACGUCCGGCGCUGCUGCUGCGCCCCCCUCCUCCUCCUACUCUUCGCCCUCGCCGGCCCUCGCCUCCCUCUCGCCCUCGCCCUCCGCUCCGCUGGUGCUCAUGCACCCGUCGGUUGCCCUGGGCGACGGGCAUCCCGGGCAGCUGGGCCCUGUCGUGUCACAUGCCAUCGAGGUCAUAGUCACGGAGACGGGCGAGUAGAGUGGAGCGGAGAGAGAGAGAGAGAGAGAGAGAAGGGAAAGAAGAAGAAGAAGAGAGAGAGAACGAGAAGAAGAGUGGGAGAGAUGGAACUAGAAGAAUGGAGACAGAUCGGAUGAGCAACAGAGACAGAACAUGGUGUCAGAGGAAUUGGUGCAUGAACUGGGAAGAGAGGACCAGAGAAAUGAAAAGGUGAACGAGAGAGAGAGAGAGAGAACAAGGGAUGAAGGGUAAGAGCUCGAUAGACAGAUAGAUGGAGAAUGGGAGCGCAUGUUGCUUCAGGGCACUGGAGAGAAAGGUGAGCGGAGGAGAGGUUAAAAGGGGGGGGAAGGGUGAGUUAUGGUGCAGAUCAGUGACGACGGAGACAAAGGAGAGAUUUACACACGGUUACAGGCACAGGCAGGUUACCGAAGGUCAAAGGUCACAUGGAGGGAGACGAAGGCUGAAAGGUUUUAAAGCUUAAAGGUUACAACUCGAAGAGAAAUCUCCAGAACGUGAGGAGAAAAUGGACACAGCUGACACGGCGGAGCUGGAACAAACUGAAAAUAACUGAAGAUGUACUUGUAGGCGGGAGACGUAAUGGGAAUAUAAUUGAACAGGUGUACAGUCUAAUGUAUGACGUGUCUUGGAAUAAAAGAAGAGUUUUACUUUU